AAGCAACAAUCACCGAAUAAAUAAUUAAAAAAGCAUAUAAUUUUUUUCCAGGGUUAGAGAUGAAAUUGUACUGUGUAACAUCAUUAUAUUAUAAUAAUAAAAUAUAUUAAAGUGGCAUUCCCUUCAAUCAAAAAAGUCAAAAAGUCUCGGUAUUUAUCGUCAACUUGUCACUGGUUAGGGUUUGCAGGGCUAUUAUUCCAUCGGUUUCUUCUUCUGGGUAUUGCUUAAAUCUCUGGAAAGUUCGGUUUUUUUCGAUUUUUAUGAGCCUAGUUUGUUCAAUAUCACUUUUUUUAUUUUGACCCUUUUCAUAUCAAAUUUGGAGUUCUUCUCUUUUUGAAGUUCAUGUUGUUGAGCUUUGUUUUUAGAAGGGCCUUUCUGUGUUAAGGAUUGUGGAGAGAUAAGAUGGUCUUUGUGCUGAGCAUGGUUAUUGAUGGGUAGCAGAAGUAGAGCGGUAAACGUUAACACUAAGGACACUAACAACGUUGCGAACGGGAUGCCAAGCUACGCUCCUCCAUUGCCUUCUCCUUCUAGUUCCAUGGGAAUAGAAGCAACUAAUGUUCAUCCUUCACGAAUUUCCGAAUUUGGAACCCUUGAACAAUCUCUUGGAUUUCGUGUUGAGGAUACCAUCAAUCUUAGCAGAAAUCCAGUGUUUAAUCAGAUGAAAUCAAAUAGCCAAGCUCUAGGAGCUGAUAUUCAAUUUGGUGCUUUAAAUAAGAUACAGUCAAUCGCAACCUCAGAUAUAAAUCUCUCUGCUUCAAUUACUGGAUCUCAGGCAUUGCCAUUGCAAAAAGACUCACAACCAACUCUGGCUUUGACAUCUGCUGGUCACCGUGAAAACUGGGGAGAGUCCAACAUGGCUGAUGCUAGCCCCAGAACUGAUACUUCAACUGAUGACACAGAUGAUAAAAAUCAAAUAGUUGAAAGGGGUGAAUCUAGUGAAAGAUCAAAAGAUAAGUCAGAUCAAAAGACAUUAAGACGACUAGCUCAAAAUCGUGAGGCUGCCAGAAAAAGUCGAUUGAGGAAAAAGGCAUAUGUGCAACAAUUAGAGAGUAGUAGGCUGAAACUCACCCAACUUGAGCAAGAGCUCCAGCGAGCUCGCCAGCAGGGAAUAUUUAUUUCAAGCUCAGGAGAUCAGGCCCAUUCAAUGAGUGGAAAUGGUGCUAUGGCUUUUGAUGUAGAAUACGCUCGAUGGUUGGAAGAGCAUAAUAAACAAACCAAUGAGCUAAGGGCUGCAAUAAAUUCUCAUGCUGGAGAUAUUGAACUCCGUACCAUUGUUGACAAUUUCAUGACACAAUUUGAAGAUAUCUUCAGGCUGAAAGGUAUUGCAGCAAAAGCUGAUGUUUUCCACAUUCUUUCAGGAAUGUGGAAGACUCCAGCUGAGAGGUGUUUCAUGUGGAUUGGAGGCUUUCGGUCAUCCGAACUUCUCAAGCUUCUUGUCAGUCAGUUGGAGCCUUUAACUGAGCAACAAUUGAUGGGCAUCUACAACUUGCAGCAGUCAUCCCAGCAGGCUGAAGACGCUCUUUCCCAAGGAAUGGAUGCAUUGCAGCAAUCACUAUCUGAGACAUUGGCUAAUGGUUCGCCUAGCUCUUCAGGCUCCUCAGGAAAUGUGGCUAAUUACAUGGGGCAAAUGGCUAUGGCCAUGGGAAAGCUUGGUACUCUUGAGGGGUUUCUUCACCAGGCUGAUAAUCUGCGGCAGCAAACAUUACAACAAAUGCUUAGGAUAUUAACCACCAGACAAUCAGCUCGAGCUCUUCUUGCAAUAAGCGAUUAUUUUUCCCGGCUGCAAGCCCUGAGUGCUCUAUGGCUUGCCCGGCCAAGGGAGUGAAGUAUUUCAAAGCUCCAUUUAUGAAGUUCUUUCAAGCCUGACCAAACCCCCUUAAAAACUGAUCACAUAUUCUGAACAUGAGCAUUGAAUCUUGUGCUCUAAAUUAGUUCAAUGGAAGCUGGUGUCUUUUAACAAUGGAUUUCUCUUGAAGCCUAGUUGUGGUGGUGCUAUAAACAUUAGAUGCUGUGAUUUUUCUACUCUCCACAUGUAAUUUCUCUUCCUGCUGCUGGUGUGGUACAUUUUUCUUUAAGCUUUUCUGUGCUUUCAAAAUAGUCUCAAUAAUUUGAUUAUAUAGGUGUAUGAUAGAUAGAAGUUGAAGGGUAAAAUGUAGAAUAGUGUCUGUAUUUUAGGUUACAGCUUUUCAUUGUAUUUCACAAAUCAGCUUUUAUUUGAGGGAGAUUUUCCUCUCUUUAGUUUCGCUUCCUGCUUAAUGGAUUGUGGUUGCACAUAUGCUUCCAUGGACCUGUGUUUCUGGUGUAUGUAUGUACAUAUAUGAUUUCUCUUACUAUUUUAGAAAGACAUCACUAACUAGUAACUCAAUUUGUUUCUUAUGCGCAUGUGUGGUUUAUCGAGGUGUUUGGACUUGGGCUUUAACUCAAUUUCAAACCUUUACUCAUAAGGUGAGGCAUUUUGGAUAGUUACAGCCUUUAUAAGUUUUACUUUGGCUAUAUUUACAGUCGAUGCAAUAUUUUAAUAAGAACAAAAGUGAUAGGCUCUUUUGGAGAGGCAAUUUGGAGCCUAGAACAUCUAUAAGACAAUGAUGUAAUCAGAAUUUGCUUGCAUGUACAGAUAUAUAAUUAGUACAAGUUGUCUCACAUUGGGGUUUUAACUAUAGUGAUGGAUGAAAACUGCUGG